AUGGCACAUAGUUUUUUGCAUUCACAAAACAGAUCUUCAAAUAAAAAAUACAAAUUUUACAAAUUUCAAUAUGAAACUUCGUCAAAUAUCACAUCAUUUAAUGGGUAUUUAAAUCCGUCGUGGAAUUAUUCCAUUAUAUCUUUAAGAAGAUUAAUGGACCAUGGAGUAGAUGUAACUAGAUUAAAAUUUAAACCAAUAACAAGCUAUACUAUUACAAGAGAUAAUAAAUUGGAGAAUAUUGUUGGUAUUUGUGAAUUAUCGAUUUCAUUUGAGACCAAUGGUGGUCGAGGGAGAAAUGAUGGAGGAUCUAUUUAUUCGUUUAAUCAUGAAAAAGUUGAAAAGAAUAUAAGAGAAGUUUUGGUAUUGAAAGAUUCUAAUGUGGAAUUUGGAUUAGGAAAUGAUUUUAUUAUGGAUUAUAAUAUUAAUAUUGAACCUAAUAAUAAAGGGGAGUUUACUCAUCAAUUGAGUUUUGGAGAUGGUGUUACUGUGGGUUUAAGAGAGAUUGAAUUUGAUGGAGAACGUGACGAGGAAAUGAGUGAUGAGGAUGUUGUAAAUGAGAACAAUAAUACUGAUGAUAAGAUCGAAGAGAAAUCAAAGCACAGAUUUAAAAAUUCAUUGUUCAAAUUGAUUUCUCGAAUAGGAUUAUCUAAUCUUUUCAUGCUAUUUCUAAUUUCGACAAUUUUAAUUUUAUAUAAUUCUGAUACUAAGUCUCAAUCAUUGGUUGAGGAAUUACUUAUUAUACCUUAUAAAUUGCCUGAACCCGGGAUACAAAAUCAACUUGAAAGCUAUGUAAGAAAAUUAAAAACCACAACAUCAUUUCUUGAAUUAUAUGAACUAAAUCAACAUCAAAAUCCGAGAACCUCGUCAAAUGAUAUAUCAACGACACAAAAAGAAGAUGAUAAACGAGGACAAGAGUUAUACACGUACCUAGUAGAAUUUACGAAAAGCAUAGAUAAUACAUCAAGAACAUUACUGGAUAUGUAUUAUCAAGAAUCAUCAUACUUUUGGAUAUUUCAGCAAAAUAUUAAAAGAUUGUUAAAUUACUUUCCCUUAAAAAAGGGUUCAACUUUUCUUUGGAAUGUACUUAUUACAGGAAGUGAUUAUUUUCCAUUAACAAACAAUUUUGACGAUUUAAUUAAUGAUAUUGAUGACGUUAUUAUUAAUAAUAUUGAUUUAGUAAUGAGAGAAGUGGACAAAGCACAAGAUUACCAUGAUGAGAUUAUUAUUCAAGUAGUAAAAAUGAAAAUCGAAUUAGAAAAAUUUAUUAAAGAUAGUAGUAAACCAUUUUCUUCUUGGUUAAAUGCUUUAAUAAGAUUUGGUAGAAUAAAAGGUGGAAAAAUUGAUAAUUUAGGCGAAGUAGAUUAUAAUACGGCUUUAAAGGUUGAAAAAUUAUUAAUAGCUUUAUUUACCGAUUUAAUUGAAAUCUCGACUUAUUUCACAGAUUUAAAAGUUUAUUUGGAUAAUCAUUUAAAUGAUUUAUUGUUAUUUUCAGAACAUUUUAGAAUAACUAAAAUUACAAAGAAAAUAACUAGAUCUGAAAUUAAUGUAAUUAAAAAACAUUUAGAUAAAUUACAAAAUAAUCAUAAAGCUAUAUUUGAUACCAUUUUGAUGAUGGAGGAUAAUGAUAAUAAACCUUGGGUUGGGUGUAGAAUUAAAAAGAAACUUAAUCAAAGUAUAUUUGAAUGUAAUAAUUAA